UUAAAGAUGGCGGAUAAGGCCAAACGAAGAUUUACCUGAAAUAAUGAGCUUAAUGGGAAAAGAUUACAGAAGAAUCUCGGGCUUAGCGAAGCCUCUUGUGGAAUGCAAAACAGAGGUGAGAGUUUACUAGGCACAUUGUGUUCACUACGCCCAAGUAGUACGGGUAGUUAACGCAAGUAAGUACGUUUUAACAAAGUCAAGUUCAAGAUUGCACAAGACUUGGCUAUAAAAUGCCGGUACAUGUAGCUGCAAGGGGUUGUGGCUACCGACUUUUCCGGUUUAUACGCAGAUUUCUUUUUCUUAGCAUUGCUCGUAUCAAUCUAAACCGUGACGAAUUACCUAAUAGAAAAGUUAUUUGAAACCUAGAAAAAAAAAUGACAUCGAAGGCACGUGAGGUUUGGUUAAUUGUUUAUUUUUAAUUGAGCUUACAUAAUGCUAAGGAUUUACGUAUAUUUUUCUCCUCGGCAAAAUAGCGAUUACAUGUAGUUGCUGCUUUAAAUAAAUUCUUCAGGACAAAUUUAUCAUCAGGUUCUUUUUUAUUAUUUCUUGUCUUGUUUUGCUUUGUUUUGUUUCUAUUUACCCUCCAGCAUAAUGUAACUUGUGAUUAAAUCAACCAAAUGCAGAAUAUAUUCUUUGUUUCCCCACUAAAAUGAAACAAACAAAAGUUUAGUGAAAGUCUCAUUUUUUUGAUGACAGCUCAGCAAAUGAUCACAGUGUGAUAAAUGUGUGAUAAAAGUGUCCCUAAAGAUCAGCCACAUGUCAGCUGUUAAAGCACAAAGGGAAGAUUUGUUUUUUGCUGCACUUUGGGAUCACAGAGAGUAACUUAACUGUUCAAUAAGUGUCUUCUUCUGAAUUUCAAAUUUGGCAAAGGUUACAAUUUUGCUCCCUAAUGUGACUUACUCAAAGAAUAAAAAAGGAAACUAUAAGAAAUAAAUUAAAAGCUCUGUUGCUGCAAAAAAUCACAUUUGACAUAAUUUAUUUAAAAUUUAUAGUUUUUUUCUAUCCAUUUCAUUUUCAUUAAGCCUUCAUCAAUUUUCUAAUAAGCUGAUAGGUUUAUAUUAUGAAUUAUAUUCAGCUACCCUCUAUUUAUACCAAAUGGAGGCUGUUAUGUUUAUUAUCCCUCAAUAUUUUUCAACAUGCGGGAAAAUUGUUUAUGAACAGCCUACUGUUGAUGGUGUGGGAGGUUUACUUUUCAGUGUCCUCUGAAAUGAUUUUAUGAACAAAAGAUACAUGUUCCUUCUUCUAAAACAACAACACAAUUAAUGCUUUUCACCUUUAAUUAACCUUUUAACUCCAUAAGUGACCAAGACAGAAUUUCUCCUAAGAAUAUUAAUACACUAUCAAGCAGACAAGUGAUGAGAGUAAAGAAGGAUAAUAAUUAGGGGAUUAUUAGUUGAUCCAAAAACAAACUCUCCAAACUAACAUCACAAGAACUGUAUGGGAGAGAGUACAGAGAAUUACUAGUGAGAUCUUGGGAGUUUUAAACACAGAGUUUUCCGUAUUGGACAUAAGGUUGGAAAAUUAGGGAAUAUCACUUCAGGUACAGUGUUGGAUAUCCCCCAGUUUUCUGUCAUGUAAUGGGUUUAGACCGGUUGCCUUAACUAGCAAAUAAAUUUGUUGGAUUAUAAUGGAAUUUAUUGAUCAUGAGUAAUUUAUUGUAAAAGUGAGGUUGCUGAUGUAUUUUUAGUAUAACGUGUGAUGUUGUGAUUAAAAUAUGAAAAAAGAAGGGGGAAAAAACAGAGAUAAACAAAGACAGAAACCAACUUAGGCCACUGCAAAAUACAAGAAACCAAAUUGCUGUUUUUGCCUCUGAUUGGUUGAUUAGAUAGUGCUAAUAUUUUAGCCAAUCACAGACCAGUUAUGGAAAAGCUUAGUUCCAAUAUUAGAUUGUUUUAGGCCCAAUUAAAUUUAUAGAUAGCACUGUGUAUGAUGAACAAAAAGAUCAUUACAGCAUUCAAAUCUGUCCCAAAUUGUCUCCUCUUAGUCAACCAGCUGAAAUCUUGACCCUUUUACUUUCAAGAUCCAAGAAUUGACUCACUCAAUUGAAAACCUUACUCAGUUUGUUUUAAGUAUUGAGAAUAUGCCUGAGAUUAUGUUAAUGCUCAACCAAAAGGUUCUUGUCAGAUAUCUUGUAUUCUUAAUGAUUAAAUUUUUAUUCAUUUUUUCAGGCCCUUCUUUAUGGAAGCUGUGUGUCCCAGAAAGACAACAAUACCAAGCAUGCCUGUGAUAAGGAGUUUCAAGCACUUAAAGCCUGCAUAAGACAAGCAGUAAGUUUUCUUGGAGACUGGUCAGGGUCUCUUUUCUUUCUGAAUUUAAUUAGCUUGGAUAUCAUGUUAGAUUUUAAACCACAAACUUCAGUUAUCAUGACAAGAUAGUCAUUUGAAGGGGGGGGGCACAAAAGUGUCCUUUCAUGGAGUGGGGUGAUAAAAAUAGAAGGUUUGGCUUUUUUUGUGCAGCGUUUUCUUUGUUAGAAAUGUCCAGGGUUUGUUUCAGCUUUUAAUUUCUUAAACACAAGGAGUAAAUGACUGGCUUCAAGGGAUAAAGUGAGUUUUCUUUUCCAAGGCUCUCAAAUGUUCCUUAAACUGGAGCCAAAGGCAACAAUUAGGGUCAAAUGAAAAAUGGCUUUGGGUUGGGAGGUAUAACAUUGCAAUUUUAAACAAUUGCAAAAGUAUUUGGAGUACUUACAUACUAAAACAUGUACUCUCAAACUAGCUCUUAUACUCUCAAGUUAGUCAGCUUUAAUCAGAAUUAAUCAGGUUCAUCCUUUCAUCAGUGGGUACUGUCCUACAGUGAGAGAGAGAUGGGGUUUAACUUUUCAUUGUCAAAUUGUUGGUGUCAUUUUUCGUUAAUUUCGCUCUGAUUUUAAUUAACAGUCAUCAACAAAAAUUAGGGACUCAAGAUAAAUAAGAGACUACAGCAAGUCACUUAGACAUAGGAAUGCUGUGCUUUUUCUACUUAAAUUUAAAUACUUCUUACCUAUAAUAAUGUAAUAAUAAUCAUAAGAUACUGAAACAAAAUGUUUCAUUCCCUAUUAGUCUACUGUGAAUGAAUUGAAAAAUAAGUUAUUGAGUGUAAUACACUGACUUGAAAUUAAAACUUUUAAAGAUAACUUAACACUAAACUCUUUAGUAGUUUAAAGAAAACAUUUAAAUUUGAUGUGUCCAUCACUGUCUACAUUUUAAUGAAUGAUCAAAUCAAACAAUAUAAUUAUCUUAAGGCAUUUUCAUUUUUGAAAAUGUUUUUUUAAGAAAUGUGUGCCAGUAAAUUGGACAAAGAGUAGUAUUUGUAUGAGGUUUUGUUUAGAACAUAUCAUGCAUAAAAGCAUAUCAAACAGCUCUGACAUUUCAUAUUUUAUGGUGACUCAUUAUAUGUUUUGAAAGUUUUUCAAACAGCACUCCAAUGGCUAGUUUAUUUAACAAAACUUUCUAAACAUCACUGAUGCCUUUGAAUUAAGAGAUGUACUUGACCUCAUGUAACUGUUAUGCUGUCACAUACAUUUCCCAUCUGCUCCCCUGUGCUCACAUGUGUCAAUUCCUGCAAGAACACACUGUUAGCUGAGGAAAUCAUAGAAGCACAAUGAUAUUUUUUAAUCCUCAAUCUAUACACAUGCAUUCCCUAUUGUCCAUACUUUUCUCUUUGUUCUGACAAGGAGUAUUUGCUCAACAGUCAAAAGCUUUUUUUUUUUGACAAGGAGAAUUUGCUCAAUAAUCAAGCUAUUUUUUGUCAGUGGUUUAAUUUAUGGAUGACAUUUGCAAGGCAAAACUAGUUUGUAGUCACUAUCUGGGGUUUUAGGAUUAGACAAAGGUAAUAAUCAAAUUAUAGAAAAACUGGUGUGCCUGGCCUUUUUGUUUACCUUAUGAGAAGAUGUUAGUAAAAUAGGGAUUCUUAUCAAAUAUUAUCAUGUAAUAUUUUAUAUUUUUAUCUCUCUUAAGUUUUCUCAUUGUUUGAUGAUGCAUUUUUGUUGCAGGCAAAGAAAAUUAAAGUGUAGAGACUUGAAAAGAGAGAACAACUGCACCUAUUCCAGGAAAGUUCUGAAGCAGGACGUCACAGGCAACCUGCUCACUUUUUGCGUGGGGUAGAAAUAUUAUAAGAGGAGACAUUUAGGCAUGUAAAUAUAUAAAUACGGUAAACUGCUGCUUAAAGUGCCCUCUCCUCCCCCCCUCCCCCCUCCCCCUUUCAUUUAUAAGUCCUCGGUUAAAGACUCAUCUAACUUUAAACAAAACAAAAAAAAAGCAUCAAAUUAUAAGUUCCCCCCGAUAUAAGCCCUGUUCUAGCUUUUCUUGUUUCCACAAUACCAAAGUAGGAAAAGCCUCAGUGCUGUGACUUGGACAUAGAAAUUCUAAUGAUAGAAGAGCAAAGAUGAACUUUUGAGAGAAAAGUCUGUUUUCUCAGUUUCGCUAUGUACCAGUUUUCUUCAUGUUGCUAGUUUUUAUUCUGUGCCAAAUGUAUUGAAACUAAUUUGAUUUAUUAUGACGUUUUGAAUCUUAAUGAAAAAAGAGUAAAUAAAAAACGUAUUUUGAUCAGCACUGCACUAGCCUUCUAUUCCGGUUACACGUUCCCUCGGGUAUAGGCCCCUCUGUUAAUAAG